CUUCAGGCUUCUUGAGGAAUACGUGACAUUGUUUGUUUUCCCAAGCGGAAGGUGCCUCGCCGAAACUCUCAAACAAGGAGAUCCCCAGGCGAUUUCGGAUAGUUGGGCACAUCAGCAAGAGCACACUGGUGGAACAACAAAAGCAGCAGGUAUCUUUUCCACCAUCAAAUGGAGGUAAUAGUCCUAGAGAUCGAUUCAGUGGGCUUCUGAGGAACGGACCGUUUUUCUGAAUUGCUCCGUGAACCUCAAGGGAAAUCUCCCCAUAUUAAUAAGCAAUGAUCAUCGUAAGUUGUCAAGCUUGUAUAUAUACUCUUAUAUCCUCAAGUUUCUGAUAUUUGUUUUCUCUAUCAUUAAUUUGUGUCAAUUGCAUUUGAUAUCCACUUUUUAAUUUACUCAAUCCCAACCCUACUUAAUUGACUUUCUACUACAUUCAUACUCACCCAAAAAUGUCUACUAUUCCAGAAACAAAACUAGCUGCUGUUUGUGAUGACAACUUCAAAUGCUCCAUUAAAUCGUUGCCAGUUGUCAGAAAAUUGGGUCCUAGCCAAAUUCUUGUCAAAGUUGUAUCUGCUGCUGGAAAUCCAACUGACUGGAAGCAUGUUGCCUACAAAAUGGCUGGAAUCAACUCAGUCAUUGGUUGCGAUCUUUCCGGUAUAGUUGUCGAAGUUGGUUCGGAAGUUGCUCAGAAUAGUUCCUUCAAAGUCGGCGACCACGUCUUCUCAAUGGUCCAUGGAUGUUCAAGGGCUUUUCCAAACAAUGGUGCCUUUGCAGAAUAUGCUGUAUUGGAUUCUAAUUUGACUUUCAAACACCCCAAAGGUUUGAAAUUAAAUGGAGAAAAUGUUCCUGGUGGUCCAAUUACAACCUUUGAAGGUGCUUCUUCCAUCAAUGUCGGCUUGUUAACUGCUGGUUUGGCUAUAGGCUUUGAAAUGUUCCGCAAGAUCCCAACUGAAAAAGUCAAUUCACCUUUAUUAAUUUGGGGUGGUGCAACCUCUUUUGGUCAGUGUGCUAUUCAAUUGGCUAAAAUUUUUAACGUCUUUUCCGAAAUUAUUGUGGUAGCUUCAUCAAAACACGAAUCUCAUUUAAAGUCUUUGGGUGCUGAUAAAUUAUUUGAUUAUAAUGACGAAAACGUCAUUCAAAACAUUAAAUCCUACACUAAUAAUAAGCUAGCUUACAUCAUUGAUGGUGUGGCUAACCAUCAAACCGUUGUUCAAUGCAAUGCUAUAGCCUCUGAUACUUUGCCUGUCCAUAUAAUUGAAUUGACUUUCCUUAAUGAAAAUGAUGUUCCAGAAAAUGAAAGAAAAUCAAAUGUAAAAUUCACUAUUACUUUCCUUUAUUGGGCUGGUGGUUAUGAUGUUGAUAUGGGAAUUGCUAAACUUCCUGCGAGGCCAGAAAUCAGAGAGUUUUUGAUUUCUUUUGUCAAGUAUAUCCAGCCCUAUGUCAUCGACGGAACCAUUAAACAUAUUCCAGUCACUUUAGUACCUGGAGGUUUGAAUAAAGUUUCAGAACUUUUGGAUGAUAUUCAGAAUGGAAAAAAUUCUGGUGAAAAAUAUGUUAUUAAUGUUGUAGACAAAAUUUAAAUACUAUUUGGUUUUGAAAAUUAAUUUGAAGCCCUCUUUAAACCCAAUUGAAUUAGAAUCGUACUUGGAUUUUCUAAUUACAUCUGUUUUUUAUAUGUUUUACUUUUUUUAUUUGCCUUAAUUUAUUUUUACUUAUUUAUAUAUAUAUAUAUAUAUAUAUAUAUAUA